CUCCGGGGGUUUCCCCAGUCUGUGUCCAGAAAUAUCACUCUAGAAGCAGAAGCAGUUUCACUUUGCUCUCACAGUCCAUCCAGCAAAGAGGCACUGUGCUGCUGCUCUGUGAUUUCAAGCAGCAAUACUCAUGGCUUCAGCAGCCUGUACUCUGCUCAUCACCCUGUGCAGUGUUUGGAGCUUGAUCGAUGGAGCUGCUGUGGCUGUCCCAGAUGUUGCUGUGACAUGCUCUGAAGAAGCUCUGCUGCCCUGUAAAGUUCUUCAAGAUUCCUUGAUCACCUACCAGGCAGUGUCUUGGUACAAAAUGGCCGGAGUUGGUGACAGAAUAGCAUGGAAAUUCCUUGAUGUGGAAUCUCAUUAUCCAAAAGGACUGGGAGGCUCCCUGGAGCUCUCCAACAACACCUUUCAGCUGAGGAUCAGAAAUGCCACCAGCCAAGAUAGUGGCACGUACAAGUGCACCUUGGGGGAACAGAGGGGAGACCACAACCUGAGUGGCAUCAUCACAUUAAAAGUAACAGGUUGCCCUGGAAUAGAAGAUGAAAAACUGAAAAAAUACAAAACUGAGCUUUUCAUGCUGACUUGCCUUGGGAUUUUUUACUUGUUGCUCAUCUUCUUUACUUGUACGUGUCUAAGAAAAGAGAGCAUGUCUCCCAGUGAUAAAAACAGAAGAGAUUCAAAGCACGCUCUCACUCUCAUCAGCACACGUGAAAUGACAACAUUCCGGGUUUUAAAUGGUGGCAGCACGUGUAAAAGUGGACUUACUUCAAGUUCUGUCUAAAUUGGCACUGUUGACGGCACCGUAGGCUCAUCAGUGAACACAUGCCAUGAGAUACAUAGCGGAGUGAUAUGAAGAAGGGUGAAAUGGUGAUAUAUGGCUGCUUCAGGACUGCCCGACUUUAUGGGUAAGCUGUCAGUGAUGUGCUUGUUCUGGACAAGCCUUCAAAAAGCACCAUUAUGCACUACAGUAACUUCUUGGUGCUAGGUCGCUAACAAAUGCCGCUGCAGCUACACAACUGUGUUACAAUGCUGUUAAGAAGCUGGUAUCAACAUUUUUCACUCCGCCAUGCAGCCCUCUUGUUCAGACAGAGUAUUCUUGUGAUGUGUAGAUCGGGUAGUAGGGGCACCAUGGCAGUGCAAAGGCUGGAGGUUAGGCUUGUCAGUGAACUAACCAGUAUGAUGAAGAGCCAGCUUCCUGCUGUUGUCCUGGAUGAAUCACAUCAACAUUCGUUUUUAAAUAUUAGACUGACAGAUAAGCUGAAGUGUAGGAAGGAAGAAAAUAUUUUGAAAAUCUUUCUGGACUGAGAAGAAUCCUAUCUCUGCAAGAGAAGUAGGGAUGCACUUGCAUAGUGGGUCCAUCAGACAUUUUCUAGAGGUUCAUCCAUAAGAGGCUUCUAUACAACUGUUAACUUUAAAGAAGGAAAAAUCACAGAAUCACAGAAUGGCCAGGGUUGGAAGGGACCUCAAGGAUCAUGAAUCUCCAACCCCCCAGCCACAUGCAAAAUAAGAGGGAAGCAGCAUGCAAUUUUAAGGACUUGCAAAGAUGACUUUGUUAGUGGUUUAUAAUACACAAAGCCAACUAUACGAAAUGAAGCCUCUAUCGAUCAAAUUACAGCAGUAAUGGCCAAGGGAGAAACAGACCAUCUACAUCUUUCAGAUGUAUUGAGUCAGCCAUGGAGAAGCAGGAACAGAAGAUGAAGCAAACAAACACCAGCUUUACAGCGUGUAGUUUAUGUGAAACAAGGCUUUGAGAGAAGCCGAAUUCAGGCUCAUGAUGCAAGGGUGAGAAGACCUGUCAUUUUGGGCUGAAGAAGGCAAGAAUUACUUUGGAGGUUGAAAUUAAGUGACUACCUUUACAGUGCUGCUGGUGAAGCAAGUAGAGUCUAGAGUGACUGUGGAUGUUUAUACCACCAUAUGAAGAUUCGUGCCAUGAAAUGAGAAUUUGCAAACACAUGAGAAUACAAUCAGUACCUCCUAAAAAAGAAGCCAGCCAAGCAAACAAAAACCCUUUGAAAGCUAAACACUGCAGCAUUAGGAUUAUUCAAUGCAGUUUGGAAUUUCAGGCUGUGACAAGGAGGCUCUUUCUAUAAUCCUUUGACUAAUUUUGAAGUGAUGAUGGGAGGAAAGCACCGUGCAUCACUCAGCGGUGUCUCUUGAGUGGGGUAGAUGUCUACACUGAUGAAAUCUGAGGGGCUUCUGACCAGAAGAAUGGUUGCAAGGGGUAUGGAAUUUACUUGGGCCAUGGUAAAUUGACAUCACAUUUGCUUUCUUAUAAUCAAUUUUUACAUGUAAAUGUGUGUAACAUACUUGAAAUAAAAAUUCAGAGAUAACGUACUGUUUGUUUUUCUGCGUGCCACAUAUGGCAAAUAAUCCCAGAGAUACUCCGUAUCAAUUGCAAUUUCUUUUACAAUCAACUUAAUUACAUCAAAUAAUGUAGAUGUCUGAUCCGGCCUCUUCGGUGGGAGAAGGCAUGUGUGUGUGAAUAAUUGAUUAAGCAAUGGAUAAUUUUAUGCAUUUCUAAAGAAUUAAAAUCAUUUGAAUUUUCCUCGAGAUUCCACUUUCAGUCCAAAGAAUGUUCCAAAACACCUGUCCCCUACUGACAGACAAGUCAUUAAGAAAAACACAAGGAUGCUUCAGUCUACCUGUGUUGCUUCUAAACACAGGGCACUGUCGUGGCUGACCUGCAUGUUUAGAUGGCAGUAAUAUGAGCUGAACUGUGAAUGUGUAACAGCCCCCUAAGUGACCCAGGUACUUCAAGCUUCUCCAUGUGGUCAGGAAUAUGUAAUAUCUGAUUGUUUCUUUUUUAUUUUUUGGUUUUUGAUUUUUCUCUCAGUUUAUUUACUGAUUUCUUUUAGAGGAGGAUGCAAGAGACAAGAAGGGAAAAUUCAGGUGACAGGGGUUGAUAAUAAAUCAGCAACCAAGGCUGAAACGCUUUUUAAAAACUGUUCCUUCUAAUGUAUACAUAGGAUCAGAUCAGGAUUGAAUGAAA